AUGACUAUCUCCCAUUACGGUGUCUGGGCUUGUACCCCUACCAGCUAUGAAGCUCAGACCACAGAGCAGGACUCCAAGUCCCCCCACAUCUACCUCCACUUCACCGACGAUUCCUCUUCCAGCAAGAGCCUCGAAGCCGCCAUCAACGUCAAGUCCACCGACACCGACACCCGCCUUGUUUUCUGGGUGAACCGCAACUUCACACACCCCAUCACCGAGCAGCUCUCUAGCCUAGCCCUCGGCUUCCACCUCGCCGCGUCAAGCAGCUCAAGCAGCUCAAGCAACGACAAGACUGAAAACAACAACAACAACCACUACGACCACCGCAACCGUCACCACAACCACCACCGCCACGUCCGUCGCGACCUAGUCUCCAGCUCCUUCCAGGGCCUGGAUUUCGUUCGUACAAAGGACCUGGUGGACAUUCAAGCCGGAACAAUUCUCCCCCUGGACAACGGCUCUGAUGCUGGUAUGCUGAGCGAGCUGGACCCCAUCAUUCAGGACGCCAUCAGCCAGAAGGCUACCGCGUACAUUUGGGGCUCGUCUUACGGAUCUGGUAUUCACGAUAUCCACAUGAACCAGGGUUCUUUGCCAAGCUACUCCAAUGGUAUCUACGAGGAUGGUGCGCUGCUGUUCAAGUUCCCUGAUGGACACUGGGAGUCUGUCUUCUUGGCUUUUGCUUCGCAGAAGAUUCCUACUGAUGACCAGGGAGAGUACACGGCCGACAGCAAAUCGCUGGCUUCUAUCCUGGGUGACAGCGAAUAG